GAAAUCUUGGGUGAUGCUGAUUUUCCAUAUAUAUAUAUUCUCUUCGAAUACCGCCGAGAACCCUAAUUUCAAAAUUUCAUUCCAUAGCAAACAAAGUUAAAAGGCAGCGGAGAGAAGCCUCCCUCUCCACCAAGCGCCAUCGUGAAUAGCCGCACUCUCCACCAAGCGCCAUCGUGAAUGGUGACUCACCGUUAACGGUUUCGAUCUGUAAAAUCUGCAUUUCAUAAAUUUGGACGGGAAAUUGAAAUCACACAAUCCAGAUCCUCUAUUUUUGCUAGUGUUAGACGGAAAAAGUUUGGGCUGUGCUAUUGAUCUUCGAUUUUAACGAGGCCGCCAAAGAAAAAGUAAGGAACUUACUACAAAAAAAAUGGAUUCCGGUGGUUUUGUUACUGCACGUGACAGACAAGAUGAGAGUGAGUGUUCAAAGAGGCAAAAAUGCAGCCAAGGUGAAGAAGAUAGGAUAAGCAACCUACCUGACUUUAUCAUUGGCCAUAUUCUUACUUUUCUUUGUUUUAAAGAUGCAAUUCGUACUAGUGUUUUAUCACAGAGGUGGAUAUACAUGUGGACAUAUAUCACAAAACUAGGUUUAGAUGAUGGAGUCUAUCAGAUAAACAAAACUACUUUUAUCAACUUUGUAUGCAGGAUGCUGCUUCACCUCAAUGCUUCAAACAUCAAUGAAUUUCAUCUUAUUCUUGAAGAGAAAUAUGACCCCUACAUUAUCGGCCAGUUGAUAUCUCUUGUUUCAAAUAAAAAAAUUAAAGUGAUUUCUCUCCGUUCCAUCAAUGAAUGCAGCAUUUCAUGCUAUCCCAUUUUCAAGUGCCAGUCCCUGGAGAAAUUGGAGUUGGCUAUGGGUCAUUCUAUUAUCCAAUUUCCGUCUUUUGUUUGUCUUUCAUCCCUCACUGCCCUGUAUUUGGUUGCAAUCCGAAAUCCAAUGAAAAUUACUUGUUACUCCUCCAAUCAAUCCAAAGAGUUAACACUUAAAUUCCCAGUUCUUAGAGACUAUAUAUCAUGUGAUUGCAUUUGGUUAGAUGUAAAGCGUGUUACUAUCGAUGCGCCUCUUCUUGAAAAAGUUAUAAUAGACCGUCAAUGGGAUUAUUCGUCCAAUGUGUCACAUGCUGAAAUUGAGAUUCGUGCUUCCUAUGUUACAAAUUAUUAUUAUAGGAGCUAUGUAUCAUCUGAGACCACUUUGCUAGAUGCUGCACACGUUGCUGAGGCUUCCAUUUCUCUAAGUGAUGAUUCAAAGGUGAACAUGAGUGGGCAAGAAUUGAAGAUUUUUGUUCGUAAACUAUUCAAUAUUAAUAAUUUGAAAGGUUUAAUACUUCAGAAUCUUGCACCAAUGGAACAUUAUUUGGCUGAUAUUUCUGCUUUUGGAAUGCUGAGUAAUCUGUGUAUCAGUUACUUUGUUACCAUUGAAAACUUGCUAUGCUUACUGUUAAAAUCACCGUGUUUGGAGACUCUAGUUUUAAAGUAUCCAAUAUAUUCUGCCAAAAGACCGCCGAAUUUUGCGAUUGUACCUGAAUGUUUUCUAUCUACUCUUAAAGUGGUAAGAUUUGCAAAGUUUACGGGUGGUCAGCAGGAGUUUAGUUUUGCUAAAUUUGUUAUGGAAAAAAGCCAAGUUUUGGAGAGUAUUAGUUUCUCAUGUUAUAAGCUGCGUGGGGCAAAAAUGAAAAAAGUUAAGAAGAAAAUAUUCUCAGUUAAGAGAAGUUGUAACAUAGAAUUUUCAGAUUAUUUAGACACAUGAAUUAUUUAAGAGGGCGGAGAAUAAACUUUUCAUAUUUAUUAUCAAAACUGAGGAAAGAUUUGAGUAUUGACUGAUGGUAAGAUAAACUCUUGUUAUCAAUAUUGAUGAAACUAGAGAUUGCUCUUCUUUUAAGCACAUUGAUCUUAUUGGAAUAUUAAGCUCACUCAAAAAAGUCUCUUUGUUUA